CCUGAGGCAUCAAUGGUGACACACUAACAGUUCCGGUCAAUACUUUCGUAAUAAAAGUAAAAGUGAAGCUACGUUCAAGGCAGUUGUGCCCUUAUUUUGAAUGGAAGCCUCUGUACAUUCGGUGACGCAGCUGUUGCUAUUAAAAGGUCGAUACCGUGGUUUGUAGUUUCGGCGACAUAGCAGCUGUGACAUUAAACCAGGGGGAGUCGACUACUAUCAGACGAAAACUAUUUAGGAAAACGGUUACUUGUUGAAGUUAACGUUAUUCGACAGUUUGAAGGAUCGUUAUUCGACGAAAACACACAAGGUUAGCUACAAGUAAGCUAACUGACUAAUUAAACGUUUUGGGAAGGUUUUCGCUCACGGAGGAAUGGAGAAAGCCAAGCAAGAUGCAUUCGACAAUGCCAGACUUCAGCUGAUCAAAGAUGGCUACGAGCGGGCCUUUGAGUGCAUCAAUAAAGGACUGACAGCAGACGAAGCUGGAGACAAAGCCCAGGCCCUGGAGCUCUACAAGCGAGGACGACAGUACCUUCUCCGGGCCAUCAGCGUGCCCUCACAGGGAAAGGAGUGCAUGGGCAGCUCCUGGGAGUCAGCCAGACAGAUGCAACAGAAGAUGGAGGAGACACUGAACAACAUCACUACUCGCCUGGCCAUACUAGAGACCAGCUCAGACCUUGGACCUGGACCUGCACCGAGUGCUAGUGGUGUGUCUGCCUCUGGUGCUAGAGACAUGUUUGCAGAAUUUCUUUACCCAAAACUUCCCUCCAAAGAGAAGCCAGAGAGGCCGGCUCCGCCACACCUGCUUUAUUCUAAUGGCCAGGUAGCAGGAGCUGUAGGAGGCAUGGGUGCCUGCAUUAGUGUGUCUCAUAACAGCCAGCCUGUGGUUUCGGAUGAGCAGCCUCCAGCUUACUCUGCUCAGGCGGCUGAUGGCCACCUAUCAAUCUCGUAUGGAACUGAUAAAGGGGAGAUGUCAGUGGUUGGAGAGGAGUUCUAUAGUCGUACACCUGACUCAGUGCCAUCCCUCCAGAGUGUGGGUGAAGAUGGAGAGGAGCUGCUGUACAUCCCUCGCGGUGUACAGAUGUUCUUUGUCACACCUGAGGGGCAAGUCAGUGCUCCUUCGUACCCUGGUUACCUGCGGCUGGUCAAGUUUACCAGUGACCCAUCUGAAAGAAUGUCCAACCGGCCCCCAGCAUUUCUGCAGGUGUGUGACUGGCUGUACCCUCUCAUGGCCACAGACUCGCCAGUGCUGCUGUGUAACACUGGCGUGUUUAUGUUUCCCGACAUGAUGGCGCCGACUCCAGGCUAUUUUGUGGGGGUGGUGCUGUCCUCUGAGCUGCCUGCUGCAGACAGAGAGCUGUUCCAGGACCUGUUGUCCCAGAUGACAGAUCUCAGGGUUCAGGCUCCAAGUGAAGCUGCAGACACCAUUAAUCUCAGUGAGAAGGUGCCCAUCGUAACACCUGAAGAGACUGCUCCGGCUGCGACCGAGGAGGAGAAAGCUCUGCCCGAGUGGAGUGAAAAGAUGGCAAGUGGGAUCCUGACAGGUGCGUCUUGGUUAAGCUGGGGCCUGGUAAAAGGAGCUGAGUUCACAGGGAAGGCCAUUCACAUGGGGGCGUCUAAACUCAGAGAACACAUCACUCCAGAGGAUAAACCCACCCAGGUCAGCCCCACGGUCACCAAAGGCCUCCAUGUUGCCAAGCAGGCCACGGGGGGAGCUGUCAAAGUCAGCCAGUUUUUAGUGGACGGGGUGUGUGCUGUCGCCAGCUGUGUGGGUCGGGAGUUGGCUCCACACGUGAAAAAACACGGAGGCAAGCUGAUCCCAGAGUCUAUGAAGAAAGACAAGGAUGGGCGUUCCAACAUAGAUGGAGCCAUGGUGGUGGCUGCCAGCGGGGUGCAAGGAUUUGCAACCAUGUGGAGUGGUCUGGAAGUGGGAGCAAAGAACAUCGCUACAAGUGUAGCGUCAGAGACGGUCACCACUGUGAAACAUAAGUACGGUGCUGCAGCAGGACAAGCCACAGACCAAGCUGUCCAUUCUGCCAUUAAUGUUGGUGUCACUGCCUUCAAUAUCGAUAACCUGGGGAUCAAAGCUGCGGUGAAAAAGACUGGCAAACAGACAGCACAGGCCAUUUUGGACGACUAUAAACUCCAGGACAAACCUGAGAACGAGAAGCAAAUGGAGAAAUUGGACAAAUAACUGGUGGUGCCCAGCCUCACAACCUCGGCAAUGCCUUAAAGCAUAGUCAUUGUUCUGUCAAAUAUGUCUAUAUUUAAUAUUCCUUAUUUAUAAAAACCUGUUCUAUAUUUACAAGAUAACUAACUAGUUAUAUUGAUGACUAGUUGAUACAGCUUUUAAGCACUUUAUGUAAAAUAAGUUGGAGGAACGGAUAUUAUAUAACCCAAAUUAAAACGUUAAUAUGUAGUCUAUUAAGACAUGGUCCAUGAUACAGUUGGAUUUUAUCAGUUAACUUGUAAGUUAACAGUUUAACGCUGCUUGCUGUACUAAUGAAUCAUUGUUGACUCAUCACUGGAGUCUUUCCUAAUCUUCACGAAGCAUCUGUGUGUGUUUGUUGUUUCUCCCUGCUAAGUGCAAUUAUAUCCUUGAAUAAAUGAUGAAAACUGUGUCAGCAUCUUCAAAUAUGACUGUUUCAGACAAAAUAUUGUCUGCUAUACUGUUUUCCCCCUGCAGUGUUUAAAAUGAUAAAUGAACACAGUCGUGCCUACAAAUAUAUGUGAACAUCUGCUUUGUAAAACUGAAAACGUGUUCAUUGUGUAUUAAAUAUUUUUGCUAGAUCUAAA